GUAUUUGUAUCGUAACGCGGCGGCGUGCCCUAUUUUGGUUGCCCAACUCCCAUUUGUAACGAAUCGAAAAACAGCCAGUACAGAAAACGCAUGAAAGUGGAACGGGUUUCGUUGCCAUUGCCAAUGAUUUUAUCAGAUAGAUGCAUGGACAGAAUCAUUCCACUCGAUGCUGAAAUUCAUUGCUUUAGAUCGUUUUGAAUUCCAUUCCUUUUCGUUGCUUCGUUUCUCGGGCGCUGGUUGGGUUGCCUAGAGUUCUGGAGCCGUUCCAGGGAAUAUCCGUUCCCUCAGCUCGUGGUAAUCGGCCAAGGUCUGUUCAAAGGCACCAGGAUGAAAGGCGUCCUCGCUCCCCGAUUCCGCAUCUAUCUGGUCGCCGCACUUGAUGCCAACCGGAACGAAGCGAAAGUUUCGCUGCUCACCCGUUCCGGCCUCGAUGAAAUCCGGGGGCGGGCACAGCUCGUAAGAGACCAUGCUGAGGGGGUAGUAAUUCGUCUUGACCUUCGACUUGGUUCCCAUCAGCCGGAACAUAUCGAUCGUUUUUGAGUCGAAUGGAGCAAUGGGGGUCUUGCCGGUGGAGGUGUCUCGGCGAUCCCGACCACCCGAAGGGGCGACCCACAGAAUGCAGCCGCCCUGUUUGAGCUUCGACAGCAUGCCUCCCAUUGCCUUCAUGUUUUGUCGGGAUUUCUGGCUCUUGGUGUCGGGAUCUGUGUCGAUGUGUUUCUUGGAGUGGAUGCAGAUGAGGUUGCGGCCCAUCGAAAAGGGAAUAGCAAGAGAAUCUGUCGUAACCUUGUGGCCGGCUACGUAGAUGACCUUAGCGGCUUCUUCGGUGUAUCCCGCCUUUUCGAGGAGGAUAGACAUGACCUGAGGGUCGGCCUCCGACUGGUGGUUGGCGUAAAAGACCACGUUCUCGCCCUUCGAAGCCUGUUCCAUCGCCUUCUUCAGGUUGUCCUCGCCCAAAACAAUAGAAUCCUCCACGUCGAUAAAGUGACGGAAAAAAUCACAGCCCCACUGGUAAAAAUCCAGAGUGUUCCCGAUUUCCUCGGAUAUAGGAUCGUUCCCCCGCAGCGCGUCGUGGGUAACGCCGAAUUGGAACUUGUCCUCGCCCAUCCCAAACUUCUUCCCGAACUGGAUGGCCUCCGAGAUGCGCUUGAGGGCGGCAGUGGCGGAGUUCUCCUCCGUUGGCUGCUUCGCGUUCGCGGCCUGGUGGGCCGACACAUACUCGGUGCAAAAGUGGACGACCGAGCUAAGCAUCUCCGGGGAGGCGCCCUGCAGGCCGGCCUUGAUGGCGGCGGUGGCUUGGUCGAGAGCCGCCUGGUAGUCGGCGUUCAGCUCGAGCGUUUCUUCAGUUUGUUCCUCCGCGGGGGCGGCGGUCGAAAAGAGCGGAACGGAGCGAGCUACAGACGGGGAGGCGGCACUAGCACUGCGUGUCGACGAAGGCGUUGUGCUAGCGGGAGCGAAAGACUGCACGUGUACCGGGGAGGCGGCACAAAAGAGGGAGAGAACUGCCAAUUGAAACUUCAUUGUCUGUUAAAAUGUAUCGUGCCGUAGUUGAUUAUAUUGAAAUGGAAAUGCUAAUUGAUACGGCAUUCAGUAUUAGAGAUUCGGAGUUGUAGCCAUGCAGAGAAAGUCCGACAACCUGUGAUCAAGAGAACAAACAGAUUCUGCUUCA